AUAAGCAAAUUUACAAGGAGGCUUACCAAUGUGUGUACUGAUAAUCGUCGGAAACAGGAUGUAAGUAAAACAUCAUUUCUAGUGCUGAAACUGCAUUUAUAAGGAGUUGUGCUUUCUUGUCAGCGAUUGUGUAGACCGUAUUCUACGUGGAUAGGUCGUUGUCCAAGGUUUAAUUCCACUUGAAAGCGGGAGGUGGUUCGAUGGCGUGUUGGCGACCCCAUCCUAUCUGAUUGGUCUUCGUUUUUGGUCUGGCGAUGGUGCGCGGCUUGUGGGCGGUGCUUCGGGUGGUGUCCAGCGAGGGACGGGCUUUGUUAAAGCCAAAUAUACCUGUUUCUGGAAGACUAGGCAUUCCAAGAAAUCCUAUAUUUCACUCCACGUCUGUCUCUUUGACGAAUAUAUCAAGCAGUGAGGUGAGAAAGCUGCGAGGGUCUGCAGUCGGGAUGCCUGAAAUUAAUACAGAUAACCUGGACGAGAAGCAGGUCCAGCUGCUGGCAGAGAUGUGUAUCCUUAUUGAUGAGAACGACCAGAAGACUGGAGCAGACAGCAAAAAGAACUGCCACCUCAACUCUAAUAUUGACAAAGGCUUAUUGCAUCGUGCAUUCAGCGUCUUCCUGUUCAACAGUGAAGACAAGCUGCUCUUACAGCAGAGAUCUGAUGCUAAGAUCACUUUUCCAGGGUGUUAUACCAACACAUGCUGCAGUCACCCCUUACACACAUCCAGUGAGCUGGAGGAGCUAGAGGCCAUCGGGGUGAGGAGAGCUGCAUCAAGACGACUGGAAGCAGAGCUGGGAAUUCCCAUGGAUCAGGUUCCACCAGAGGAGAUGACCUAUUUGACCCGUAUCCACUACAAGGCCCAGUCAGACGGUGUGUGGGGGGAACAUGAGAUCGACUACAUCCUCUUCAUGCAGAAAGACAUAGAGGUGAACCCAGACCCCAACGAGAUCAAGACCCACUGUUAUGUCACCAAAGAGGAGCUGAAAGAGAUGCUGAAGAAGGCCAAGAACAACGAGUUACUGAUCACGCCCUGGUUCAGCCUCAUCGCAGAGACCUUCCUGUUCCAGUGGUGGGACAACCUGCAGAACCUCAAACAGUUCAUGGAUCAUGACAAAAUACACAGGAUGUGAUUCUGCGUGGGAUGUGAAUCUUUGGUUACCUCCCAAAAUAGCACUUUAUUCCCUAGGGGCCCUGGUAAAAAGCAGUACACUACAUAGGGAAUAAGGUACCAUUUGGGAUGUAGACAAUGUUUGUGUUGGGUUUACAUGGAAAGCUGCUAUGAGGGAUGUAGGGUACUUUAGUCUUACUAGAGUUUGAGAGUUGAUACUUUUUUUUAGAUUUCUGUGAAUUGAAUAGAAAGAAUGUGGUAGGAAUGGAAAUCAUAUGGAAUUGACUCUUGUUAAAAAAGGAAUGAUUAUGAGGCUGUAUUGAGAUAUGAUUUUUGUAUAGCUUGUUCUGUAUAGCAUUUGUUUUAUGCAGUAGCUAUAUAAGUGCCUGACUGUCACUGAGGCUAAGGUUGUUAUGAACAUUGUUUUUAGCGAUCUGGCACUGUUUCCCAUUUCCCAUUGUAUAGUAAUGUAAAUGUAUUAAUAUGAAUAAGCAGAAUUUUUGUUGCGUUUGACUUCAAUAAAAUAUCUAAUUAGGAAAUCAAAUAAUUUUACAAGUAA